AUGCUUGAUCUGAGCCCAAUUCUGGGCAAACAAGUCACAUUUCCUCUACUGUGCUGUUUCUCGUUUCUGCUUUACAAGGAUUUAUCGAGCAAGAAGAAGCCCCGAGUGAUUGAGCAGCAACGCCCAGACGAGGAAAAAUGGGAACCAAUUGCACUUAUGGCAAAUGAAGUACAACCAAAGGAAAUGACCUGGGACCAGAUCAAACCCUUUCCAUACCAGCCAUUCAAAGCUGGCGAGUAUAGACUUAACAUGGGUGUUAAAGCUAUUCCCACUCAGGAUUGGCUCGUUCUCGACAAUACAUACAAAGACAGAAUUGAAGCCAAAUGGGAAAUCAUUCGUGACAACUACCAAGACGUCAUUUUCUAUCUGGACCCUGCAAUGGAAAGCCAACUGGCCUCGGGACUAGAAAAACCAGUGGAAAAUGACGACAAACUUCACCAGGAAACUUUGAUUACCGACCGAGACGUGGCAGCUUGCGAAACUGCGCUAUGCGAGCUUUACGACCACGUUAUUGGGUUUCUGGUGCGGCGGUUCCCGCAGCAUUUCCAGGUGUUGUUGUCGCCUUCUCAAGACACGCCGGGCGUUCUUUACAACAAGAUCAUGGACGAGUACCACCCAAUAGAACCACGCAAGUACAUCGAACUUCCAGAGGCCCAAAUUAGCUUCCUCAAUUACCGGUGCAAGGAAGCAGACGUAAUUCCUUCAGAAGCAGCCCUGAGCGGGGCUAGACGAGACAAUGUUGGUUACAGGUGUCUCGUAUCGUGUACAAGAACGCGAAGAGCGCACGAACUGAUCCUGGCGCUCACUAGGUUAGUGGAAGAGGAUCUUCUGCUUCUUUUGCCCAAUGACAGCAGUCAGUUCAACAACGAGUACGUGCUGAUGGUCGGAGUUUUUGCAUUUGCAGCCGGUUUCAACCCAAGAGAGCGGUUUUUGAAGCCAUUGACGUUGGUGCAUGGCCCGGUGCCGGACUACAAAGUAAAAUUACAGGCCCAAAUGAACAGGUUCUUUCAAAUGCACAAAAUGGGAAAAGUUGUGCUGCGACUCAAUUUUUCGUUUCAAACGCACAAUAAGAUGUAUGUGACUGACGAAAACAAGGGCACCGCCAGCGAGCAAAUCAGUGCCAAGACAUUGGAGCAGUUGCGUGGCGGUCGCGAUUUGUACUAUCGAUCCGAACGCCAGUGUCUGAUCAAGCUGGGCCCGCAGUCAAAAGCGAUGUGCUUUUCAAUCAAAAGUUAUCUGUGGAAUAUGGCAGAUCAAUUCCUGACUGACGAUUUCUACUCUCAGAAAGCAGUUUUGCAGGACAUGUACGACGCGGUCGCCGGUAUGCAGGACAAUAUCGGUCAGUACAAACGCCGUCCCGAAUGGGGGCCUGCCUUGUUAGACCUACUACAGCGGAAGAUGCAUGGGAACAUCUAG